CACAUCAGAGCAACUCCAGAAAAGUUGCCGUCAGGCUGGAAGCCUGGUACCCCAGCCCAGUUUGACAUGGCAUUGAUAGCAGACAGGCCUUGCUCUUCGCAUUUGCAUACUCUUGAGGGUAUUUUUUUUUUGCCGAUAGCCCAUGUUCGUGCUAUUUUCACCCUACCUCACCAGUUCGGCGCAUAUUCCAGAGCCCUCGCUUAUGUCGAGUGGUUCACACCUUUCAAACCACCCGACCCUUCCUCUCGAAUGCGACAGGUCUCGCGCUCAACCCGCCAACUUCGCCGCAACGCUGCUGUAGUCCACGUUGACGAAAUCGUGCGGCCGUGCCAUUUAAUACCGAGGAUGGGACAGUCAGUAGAUUUGAGGUUGAGAAGCGGAAAUGCAUACGAGGUGGCGAACGAUUUUUAUUUCAACGAGUUCAUUGAUGGCGAAAUGUUUUGCGCAUGUGUUAUAAAGUGA